AUCAUGAUUUUGGAAGGAGCUGGCAGAAUGAGUAUCAAUUCCAGCAGCAAUCUACUCCACCAGCAGCCUUCCUGGACAGACGGAUAUUCCACAUGCAACGUAUCCAGCAGCUUCUAUGGAACCCAGUGGCAUGAAAUACACCCACAGUACUGGACUAAGUUUCAAGUCUGGGAAUGGCUGCAGCAUCUCCUUGAUACCAACCAACUGGAUGCCAACUGCAUACCCUUUCAGGAGUUUGAUAUCAACGGGGAACAUCUGUGUAGUAUGAGCCUGCAGGAAUUCACUCAGGCAGCUGGGACAGCAGGGCAACUGCUUUACAGCAACCUUCAGCACCUAAAAUGGAAUGGUCAGUGUGGAAGUGACAUGUACCAAUCUCAUAACGUCAUUGUGAAGACAGAGCAAACAGAUCCAUCUUUAAUGGUGUCCUGGAAAGAAGAGAAUUACCUGUAUGACAGUGGCUAUGGUAGCACAGUAGAGCUAUUGGACAGUAAAACAUUCUGUCGUGCUCAGAUUUCCAUGACGACACCUAGUCACCAACCUCCUGAUUCUUCAGAUGUGAAAAAAUCACAAGAUCAUGCCCCAAAGUCUCACACCAAGAAGCACAACCCUCGAGGAACUCAUCUUUGGGAAUUUAUUCGAGAUAUUCUUCUCAAUCCUGAGAAAAACCCAGGAUUAAUCAAGUGGGAAGACCGGUCAGAAGGUGUCUUCAGAUUUUUAAAAUCCGAAGCUGUGGCUCAGCUCUGGGGAAAGAAGAAAAACAACAGCAGCAUGACUUACGAGAAACUCAGCCGGGCUAUGAGAUACUAUUAUAAAAGAGAAAUCCUGGAGCGUGUGGAUGGUCGGAGAUUAGUAUAUAAAUUUGGAAAGAAUGCCCGUGGCUGGAGAGAAAAUGAGAAUUAA